GUAUUCCCGGAUGAGAUUUGGUUGAAAUUACAUUCCAUGCGGGAAGACAACGCUGAAUCCUUAAGUCCCUCAAACACUCGAGUAGCAUCGACUACAGAGGAUAUUUUUGCAUGACCUUGCUUUUAAAGGACUCACGGCUUCUGUGAAUAUUGGGUAAAAUGGUUAGAUUGGACCUUGGUGAUGUACUUUUGCGCAGGAUGCAGGAGAAGGAUAUUGAUGCUGUAAAGGCUCUCAUCAAGGAAGGAUGUGAGGGAACGGAGAACCGCCUGAUUCUUUACCUUCUGACUCGUCCGCUCGCUCUCCUCAUGUUGGCCAUCCUCUCCUCCAUCCUCCGCUGUGUAUUGCACUCUUUUAUCUUGGCCUUGGUCAUUCCAGUCUUCAUCUUCAUCAUCUACCUCAAACUCACCAUACCGCGGUCGGUGGGCAUCUUGGGCUCCAGCAGGCCAUACUGGGACUACGUGGGCAGCAGUUACCAUGCAGACACUGAGCCAGAUCUACCCAAUCCUCACACUGGCAGGGCCAAACUGGAGAAAACCAGACGGCGUAUAAAACCCAAAGAAAAGGAGAAGGACAAGACGAAUGAGAGAGAACAGGUGGAUGAGGAUGAGCUGAAGGAGAGGGCGAAGGUUGCUGGUGAGGUGUGGGUGGCGGACUCUGAUGGGGAGAUUAUGGGAUGCGUGGCUAGAGAUGGUUGGAGUCGGGACGGUGUAUGUAGGAUCUGCAGGCUGGUGGUCCAGAGUUGGUACCGCAGAGAGGGACUGGGCAGACUGCUGGUGCAGGGACUGGAGUCCAAAACAAAACAGAGUGGCAUACGGCGGGUCUAUGCCCAUGUGCCAUUUCCAUCCAAAGUGGGAGAAGCUUUCUUCAGGAGGCUGGGUUAUCGUCUGCAGGGCGAGACUGCAGGGACUACUGAAGAGGAGGAGGAGGAGGAUUAUGAAGAGCCACAGAAGGGUUGGUUGGGUUUCCCUUUAACUAAAGUGUUUGUAAAGGAUCUAUAAUUCACAUUAAAACAGGAACGAAAUGCUUUCUUGGCAACACAUAAUUUAAGGAAUAUUCUGGGUUCAGUACACACAAUACUCAAUAAACCUAUGGUGUAAUGUGAAUGGUGAUCACAAAAUUAUUUUUUUGACAUUUAAACAAAAUGAAUACAUAAAAGUCAAAUUCAAGGUAAUGGUAGGGCAGACAUUAGUAGAAAAAUGGGGCCAAUUUAUGGAUUUAAAAGUAAGAAUGUGAAGCUAAUAAUUUUAUAAAAGCAGUUAAUUCUGUUGAACCUUUAGUAUAAGUUAUAAAGCUGUUUUAAUACUCAGUCUUCCAUGGUUUAUGGAGUAAUAUUACCAUGAAUUUGUGAAAUUAAGUGUACCUAAUACAGUGGUGGCCAAAAUGAUUAGAACACUAGUAUUUUCAUGAAACAUCUUGGAGACUUUGGCACAGUUCUUCAGGAUUUAGACUGUCUCAGUUUGUUCUGUUUCUUCACGUCAUUCCAGACAGACUGAUGAUAAUGAUAUCAGAUCUCUGUGUGCAGCACUGGCUGCUGUCAGACUCCUUGUGCAAACAAAAAUCCCACCAGAUUAUUACAAUUAAUGGCAAAAUUAAUGUUUGGAAUUGUAAACUGAUAUUUCCUACUGACACACUAUAGCAAAAGAUAGAAAUAACUGAUUUUAAACCAUUUUUCUUGCUGGUGAAAAUACUAGUAUUAUAAUAAUUUUGUAACUGUAACUUAGUAAGCAUUUUUUUAUUUCAAACUAAAUAUGCAUAGUUUACAUCUUGUGGCUUUACUACUGAAACAGUGAGUAUUUUACCAUUGGCUCCAUUGUAAGUAACCCAGAAGCCAUUUCAACUUGUUUUUUGUUGUUUUUUGUGGUAAUCAACAUUAUGUUCUUUUGAUUGAGCUUAACUCAUCUUGAACCAUGAAUAUGAAUACCUUUUUAAAAGCUUAGAUUUAAGAUUUAUAAAUGUAUUUGUUCUUUUUCACAUCAUCCCAGUGAAUCACAGUAGGCG